AUGCCACGAAACAAACGGGGUGGCGCUCGUGGGAGGGGCAAUUUCAGCUCACCUAGAGGUGGUCGCGGAACUCCCACUCCUGGAACAUCCUUUAUACCAUUCGCUGGCACAUAUGUUCCCCAAAGGCCUCAGACUGGUUUCACACUUCAAGAAGAAGCUCGCAAUACUGAACGCCAUCAUUCAUUCUGGAACUCUGAUCAAAGAUUAAGGGAUACAAAAGUGAGCUUUGUUAGCGCCGGUGAGUUUAAUCCGCCAGAUCUUAUCAAAGAUUCUGAGGAGGCACUGGCUGGGAUGAGCUUGGAAUCUGCAGAACUACCUGCAGGAAGCUUGACCCAAAAUGUGAAAAUCGCGAAUCGCGAAGCGAGGUUGGCUGCAUCCCCCUCGUCAUUCAUGAUAGAUACCGAUGGUGGCAACCCUGUUGAGACAGGUCUUGCACCACCGCGUUUGCGUUCAAUCUCUCCAGCUCGGUCAGACUCGAGCGAAGAAGUCAUUCUCUUUCACGGACGUGGUCAAGUGAGAAAUGAAGAUGCCAGGGUGGAACAUGAUCCCCCAACAAUCGUAGAUCCUAUAGAUGCCAGGAUCAAGUUCUUGGAUGAUAAAAUUCAUGAGCAAGAAAAGCUAUUGGAAGAAGCUUUAGGUGAGAAGGAAGCGUCUCUAGAGUCUAUUCCACCUGAGCUGGCAGAGGCAUUGAACAAAGAGAUGUUUUUGGGCAAAAUGUCACACAAGGUAGCAAGUUCACCUUCUCCAGAUUUCGAGGCAAUUUUACCCAAGCGUCAAAACAAAGAUCGAGGUCAAGGUCGCGCUAGACGAGGUAGACGAGUGGACAACAGAAUCGAUAAUAGUGAUGAAGAGGAUGCUAUGAUUGCAGAUUACAUUGCAAACAUGGAUCAGGAACAGACUAUGGCUGAUGUCGACCAUACAUUCAACAAACGUGAGUUAGGAGGCGAUGACGACGCUACUUGGGAAGAUGAUUCUUCUGCUAAAGGCGGUCAUGAUUCUGAUGGACAUCACGGAUGGGGUCGGACAGAAUUGCAGGAUCUUGACGAUCUCAGCACGUCGGAUGAGGCCAGGGGCAAAGUCGAAACGAUUUUAUCAAAGAGGCAUCGUGUUGGUGGCGUACAGUACUUAAUCGUCUGGGAACAUCAGGACGUAGACGAAGCCAGAUGGGUCCCGCUAGAUGUUCUACAGGAUUCCGGGGCACUGCCUCUCAUUGAGGUUUUUGAAGCUGAAGAGAAGUUGGUUGCCGAAUUCGAAAGUAAUGGAGACGAAGACAGUGAUGAUUCCGACGAUUUUGUCGAUGGAGAUGAUGACGACCAUGAUGACGAGCAGGAUCUAGUUCAAAGGAGAAUUGCAAAAAUGAAUGAUGAACAGAUUGCAAGACUGAUAAGUAAGCAAGAGGAGCUUGGUAUGGGCGGUGAUGAAAUUCUACUCUUCGACGAUGAAGUCGAUGAUGAGGAUGACGACAUGGAAGCGUCCACGAUUGAUCUCAGUAAUUUCAUACUUUCAGGCAGAAGAGGCAGAAAGGAAAGACAGCGACGCCAGGGCGAAUUUCCACCUGCAGCUCCAUUGGCCGAUGCUUACGACGGAUUUGACGUAAUGGAUUUUGAUCGACCGAGUCUCAAAAAGAAACCUAAAGGUCGCAAGGGCAAGUUGAUACUAGACGACAUCUCGGAUUCAGAGCUCGAGGCAUCAAUGCAAUCAGCUUGGGACAAUGAUCGUGUUAAGAAAAAGGAGAGAAAGCAGGAACGUGAAGUAUUACGUGCACGAGGUUUACUGACUGGCAAGCAUGGCAAGCCCGAUAUGAAGGCAAGGUACAAGGAAGGAAUGAGUAUUGAAGAUGUCAAGGAAGAAAUCAAGGAGUUUUUGAAGGGCGACAAUACCACCCUUUCUCUUCCUGCGAUGGACAAAGCCGAUCGUAAAUUUGUUCACGAGAUCGCCAAUGCAUUCAAAUUGAAGUCCAAGUCAGCUGGUUUAGGCAAUAAGCGUUAUCCUAUCUUGUACCGUACUUCAAGAACGACUGUUUAUGGAGAGCGCGCCUACGAAGCUGCAGCGUCAAAACUUUCGCGUCGUUUCCUUCCACGUAAUGAUGUAGGUGGAAGAAGGACAGGUGCUACAUCCAAACGUGGCGGCCGAAGUGGUGGAGGCGGUUUUGGUGCUGCUAGUUAUCGUGAUGGUGAUGUCGUCGGUGCCUCAGCUCCCGAACUGGGUGUUGAGAACAAAGGAAGAGCGAUGCUAGAAAAGAUGGGCUGGAGUGCCGGCACAGCUCUUGGUGCGCUCGAUAAUAAGGGCAUUCUUCAGCCAGUUUCCCACGUUGUAAAAACGACGAAAGCCGGUCUAGGAUAA